ACAUGUCGCCGAGCACACACAGCCUGCGAGUACGACGACGUACUGCCUGAAGGCCGACGCCAACGCCACUCGUCUGCAUCUCCGCCGAUCCUUGACCACCUCGACUGACCGCCGCCAGCAACGCCGAACAUUCCGCUGCUCCGCCGACAGCAUCUCCAGCCUCCGCCUUCAAUGCCCCAGAGGAUACUCAAGCAUCCAACGAACUCUCCCCACCGCCACGCCCAGGACCUCCCCGCGAUGGCAAUCUCUCCCACCAAGUAGGCCUCGUCUCGCUCCUCGCCGGAACCGACCCCAAGUACAUCGGCCCAUCCAGUGGCUUCUUCUUCGCCCAAGUCCUGGGUGCUCGCCGCCCAAAUGCCACCAAUCCUGCUGAGAACAGCAUCCGCCGCCAAAGACAGCACGACGUCGCCACCAAAGUCUUCGAAGACGUCCACCCACCGCAACCUCGCACAGCAGAUGACAUGAUACAGCUAUCAGAGUCUUACUUCCAGACAGUCCACCUCCAGUACCCCUUCCUUAACGAGGCUACCCACCGCCAGCACAUCGAACGCAUGUAUAGCAACCAGCACAUCUCCUCCACGCAGCGAUUCCAAAUUCGCAUGGUUCUGGCCAUCUCCAGCACGAUCCUCUCCCGACGCACGCGCGUUGAGCUGCCCGCAAACAGCUGGUGCGCCGAGGCAACGCAGGCAUUCGUCGAACUCCAGCUCGAAAGCUCUCUCGAAGGCUUGCAAUGCCUCCUACUGCUCGUAAUCUACGUGAUGCACAGCCCAGCUUCCAAAUUGAACGCCUGGCAUAUCAACUACCAGUGCAUCGCUAUGGUCCUCGAUCUCGGCUUGCAGAGAGACCUGGGCAACAACCCAUACAUGUCUCAAUACACCAAAGAGAUGCGCACUCGCGUCUUCUGGGCCGUCUAUUGCAUUGAUCGCAAGCUCAGCACCAUGAUGGGUCGUCCCAUUGGAAUUCGUGACGAAGCUUGCGAUCUGAGAAUGCCCGCGGACAUCGACGACUACCAUUUGAGCAACCCUGCCACGCAAGCUGUUACCCACAGUACAACGCACAUGACCUACGCAAUCCACCUCUUCCGGCUGUCCACCAUGAUAUCAGAGAUCAAGUAUGUCCUCCCCAGCGUACGCCGCGACACUCCUUCACACGCCUUCCCGGCCAUUCUCGACAUCUACGAAUGGCAAGACACCAUGAAUACACGACUAGACGAAUGGUAUUCCCAGAUCCCGGACGCAAACGCCAGUGAGCGCCUCGAAUAUGGCGUCGCACUCUGCAAGCUUCACUUCCACACCAUACGGACAUCCCUAUUCAUGCCCAGCCCGGGCAUACCGCAGCCACUGCUGAACAGUCAACGCGUCUGGUAUCGGAGCUCUUCGCAGGCCAUCAAAACAUUCAGUGCACUUCACGCCAACGACGUCCUCGUACACGACUGGAGCACUUGCCAUGCUAUCAUUCUCCACUCAUUCUGCAUCACAUAUUUCGCUCUUGCCGUCCCUGCGAUCGCCUCUGAAAUGCAGCUUGGCAGCGUCAUGGCAAACUUGCGAGCCGCGUCGAGCAUCCUCAGUGCGGCAGGCGAAUACUGGGUUGGCGCAAAGCGCACACGUGUCAUACUAGACGAUCUUGCAGGCAAAGUUUUGACCGCAUUGACAAAUUCACGCGAAGCCAGGACUGAAGUGUACAGCCAAAGCAAUGGCUUGCAGCAGCCGGAUGGGCACCGCAACGUCCAUGAAGCAUCACCAGAACGUGCAAAGCAAUCCUUGCCAGACAUGCUGUCACAGGAGUUUUGGACGCAAGAUACAUCCGAGCAACUGGGAUCGUGGAAUCCCUUUGCCGACUUGUUUGCUACUGACUUUGACAUGAGUGCAUUGUUCACUAACGACAUGAACUUCACAGCUCCGACCGGCUCCACUGGAGCCUGAUGCGACCUCAACUGUUGCCUUGCGAGGCAAAAGGCAGGCUGUACCUUUCAGAACUCAUUGCAGAAUGUGGACGCAAACCUUGACUGCAAGGACAAAUACGCGAAUCCGGGUCGCAUGACAAUAAAGUCAUCUCACAAAAACCGAUGCGAACACUCGUGACAUGGGCCCACCUGC